AUGGCCUCCUCUUUGCACACAAAACAAUUAUCUAGAACAAGUGAAAUUUUGACAUUAUUGGAAAAACGUUCAUUAGGAACUUUACAACCAAAAAAUACAAACCAAAUUUAUCAAGCUGCUAUUAAAUUUAAUGGUGAUUUUGAAUUCUCGAGUUUUAGUCAUGAUGGAGGAAAUUAUCUUAUUUCUGGAAGUGAUGAUAGAAGAAUACUUUUAUGGGAUACGUAUGAUGACAUCGAAUCAAUCAAACCAAAGAAAUGUUUUAAAGCACAUUCUAGUAAUGUAUUCUCGGCAAUUUUUGAUUCUUCUAAUAAACACAUUUUAUCAUGUGGAAAUGAUAAUACAAUAUUUUACUAUGAUGUUGAGUAUAGUGACAAUAGUAACCUGACAGUUGAUAAGUUCGUAUCACAUUUAGAUGCUGUACAAUCUAUAGCGUUUGAUCCCUUUAACGAUAAUAUAUUUUUAUCUGCAAGUCAAGAUGGAACUGUUAAAUUAUGGGACAUAAGAAAAGGCAAAAAUCAUUGUGGAGAAAUUGUGGUUUUUGAUAGCAUGACAUUUGUCCAAUUCAGCCCUGUAACUGAAAGACAAUUUGUUACAAGCAGUAACUCUGCUUUUAGCAAGAAAAGUAGAAUCCCAUUUUUAGAUGAUAGCGAUGACAUACUAGUAAAAUAUAUAACGACAUUAUCAAAAAAUAAUAAAACUGCAAGGCCUGAUAUAAGUUCAGUAACGUUUCAUCCUUCAGGUACUAUGUUAUGCGCGAUGAUAAGUAGAUAUCAUCCAACUUUAUAUGACGUAGCUGAAGAAACUCCGUUAUGUAUAUUUUCAUCCAAUUACAACAAAGAAUCUAAUACUUGCUAUUCCAAUAAGGGCACAUUUAAGCAAGCACAUUUUGGUGGACCAAAUGGCGAUUAUAUAUUAACUGGAAGUGAUGACUUCAGAGUUUAUGUGUGGAAAAUUCCAGAUUUAAAUCUUUUAAAAGCAAAUAAAGAAAUAUCACCGACUACAGAAAAUGAUUCAAAAGAUGUUAUACAAGAUAGCAUAAUAAAAAUUUAUGAAAAUUCAAACCCCGAAUAUGUUCUUGGAGGCCAUCGGUCAAUAGUAAAUACUGUGCUAUGGCAUCCACACUUACCAUACAUAUUUUCAUCAGAAAAACUUAUUAAAAUUUAUUCAGCUUUUCCAUUUUCUGAUAAUGACAAUGAACCGAAAGAAGCUUUUAAGCAAAGAGAAAAAUACCCACCAUCAUCAUUAUAUCAUAUAUUCGGUUUAUCUAACUCUGAUUUGAGUGAUAGCAUUGAAGAAGACGUGGACACAUUAAGAUUUUUCGAUAAUAUACUUAGAAUUGAACAAAAUAAUGAUCCAUACUGGGGCCCAAAUUCUAAUAAUAAUAAUAGCAGCACUAGUAGCAAUAGUACCACUAAUCCAUUUAUUAAUCAAUUGCCAUGGGAUUGGCACAAUCGUAAUUUUCACAAUCAUUUCACUUUUCCAACAUUCGAAGAUUUUAAUAGAUUAAUAAGUUCUAACACGAACAGCACUAUUUUUGGUGAAGAUGAUGAUUAUCGCUCAUUUAUUCUUGAUGAAGAUGAAGAUGAUUACAUUUCAAACUUAUAUGAAGAAGAAGAAGCUGAUGAUGAUGAUGAUGAAGGAGAUGAUUAUGCUUUAAGUUUUGAAAGAUUUUUUGCAGUUACAAGAGAAAUAGUUGGAGGCCAAAUGAGAAGAGAUAGCAGCUUCACUAUGGAUUUGUAA